UCCCCACACUGCUCUCUCUACGCAUCCCCGGCCGUGAGGAUGAUAGUCCAUCUGAUGCCAAUAUCCGAGCUCGAUGUGAACCCGGCCCAGCUGAAAAUGCUACGUACUAAACUCAAGCACCUCCUCUACGGACGUCGCUUUGUCAAGUAUGAUGUAUCAUCGCAGAAGUUGUUGGAAAAACAUGGAAUUAGGUGGAAGGGAGAAGUACCAAAUGCUCCUGACAACGGCCACCGUGGCCGUGGCUGCGGACGUAGCGCAACUGGUGAAGCUUUAACUGACAGGCCUCCUUUACCAAAAGGACAUGGUUAUCUUUCUUUGGGAACCUGGGCGGAUGCGCAUGGUAAUGCCUCUAAGAUACUCUCUAGUUGUUCUGCUCUCAUGUAUUGUCGUGUUUGUGGUCAGGAAGGAGACCACUGGCGUCGAAAUUGUCCAAACCGGCAUCGACCAGAACCAGAACCAACACCUGCUGUUCCGAUCAAUAAAAAAAAAUCAAAAUCAGUUGUUCAGACACAGAGAAAGAAAGAAUCAAAUUCCGCUGCAGGCACCAACAACAGCUCAUAUGAGAGUAUGAGACCAAAGAAUGAUGAGAGCUGUCGGUCUUUGUGAGCCCUGUUUACCGAGAAGACUGCUGGUGCGAAGUCGUCUUAUGAACCGUCUUUAUAUGUCAUGUGCAUAAUGGGGAACUUGUUAACUUUAUCAUUAUAAUUAGAAGCUCUCCAUUGCUUGACUUGAAAUUGAAUAAUUAAGUUGAUGUUACUUUUAAAUUCUUUCUUA